AUGCGCCGUGGCCACAAAAAGUCGAAGACUGGUUGCGUGCAAUGCAAGCAACGCCAUGUCAAGGUAACGCUCUUACACCCAAGUUCCUGUGACGAAGCCCGUCCCAUCUGCCGCCUCUGCGCAAACUCGAACCGACAAUGCAGCUUCUCUAACCCGUUACCCUCAGCCAACGACAGCCCCAGCAGCAGCUCGCACCCAAUCCCAGAGACUGACAGCUUUGCCACGCCCCUUGCAACGUCUUCCGCCCUCCCUCCUCCCCCGCCUCCUCCCACUGCAGCCGCGACUCUUGACGAUCCCCUUAACCUGCACCACAUCGAGCUAGUCUCCCACAUGCUCUCCAACAAGGACGUCUUCAACCUCUCCUUCGACGUAGGCGAUCACCUGCGCGGCGUCUCGUACGCGCUCACGAUAAGCCUCGACGCGCCCUACGCACUCCACCAACUCCUGGCCCUCUCGGCGCGCCACCUCGCCUCCCUCUAUCCGGCCAAGUCAGCCGACUAUCUCCACUUAGCUACGGCCCUGCAGACACGUGCCCUUUCCCUAUUCAACGCCGCCGCGCUCGCCAAGAAUGGCGCAAUCGACCAUUCCAACUGCAAGGCCGUCGUGCUCUUUUCCGCGGUGAUGGCCCACCAUGUCCUAACCGACGCACUGACUCAGAGAGGAGACAACGAGACACUCGACGGGUUCUUGAGCCGGUACGUCCAGGCGAUAGAAACGACGCGUGGCGUCAUGCUCGUCUCGAUGGCCGCGUGGCCGCUGUUGAUGGCGCACCCUGAGGCAGGGCCGAGGAUCGAAGCUCAUGCCUUGUUUACGAUGCGCGAGGGGAAGGGGGACCACUGCAACGGGCUCAGAGAGCUGGUGGAUUGUGCGGAUGGGCUGAGUGAGGCUGAGAGAGAGGCGUGUCGUGCUGCAGCGAGGCGGCUGCAGGUUGGGUUUGAUGCUGUGGAGGAGGAGGACAAGGAAGACGCGUAUCGGUUCCAGGGGGUGUUUCUGUGGACCAUGAUGGCGUCGCCUGAGUUGGUGGCGCUGUUGGCGGGUAAGAGGCCUGAGGCGUUGGUGAUGCUGGGGUAUUAUGCGCUGCUGCUCUACUAUGCGAGGGGGAUGUGGCAGGUUGGGGAUGCGGGGAGGUAUUUGAUGGGGCUGAUUAUGGACGAGUUGUCGACAGAAUGGCAUUCUGCGUUGGAGUAUCCGAGGAAGAUGAUGGUGUGA